AUGGGCAGGUAUCCGCGCCUUCUUCUCCCACUUUAUCAACUCCUCCAGCACAGAAACAUACAGCCACUUCUUUGUGAUUCCCUCACCGAUCCCAAUCUUCCAGAUGGCGCCCUUCUUCGCACCCAACAUGACGAUCUCCGCAACCCAAGCCCUCCUCAAGCCCUGGUUCGACGCCUCGCCGCCGUAGGAAUCACCGUCGUCCCUACAUUCAACUACUGCCCGUCCUUCCUCCCAGCCUGGGAAGUGUAUUUCCAACAAGAAGAAAUAAGCAGAAAACAAGGCUUGAAGGCCUCUCGCCUCUUCCCGAGACAGAACUGGGAGAAUGCAACGCUGUUCAGCACUAUGUUCGAUAUGUGGAAAGCGAGUAUCGAUGCUGGAAGUUUUACGCUAAACUCCAACUUUGCACCUACCUUGACAGCAGGCGGGAAUUCAAAUAAGUUAAAUAACAGCGUCAAUGACCCAAUCUGGCGUUCAGGAAUACGGCGGUGGAGAGUGAGGGGUGUUAUACGCUUACUCCUCUUCAGGAUUUCUUGGGGUGGAUAA